AAUGGUAGUGGGGUGUUAGUGGAGGGAAAUAGUGUGUGAAAGAGCCGGGUUUAAUGUGAAAGGAGAGGAACUGAAAGGACGACUAAAUGCUUGACUUGUGCGAGAACGCUCAGGGUGAGGGGAGAGUCUUGUUGCAAUGCCAGAAUAAAAAGAUGAAUCCCGAAGACGCCAGCCAUUAAAUGUCAGGACGAAGGAGUUUUGAUUUCUACAAUGCUCCUGCACAGAGUUUAUUUAUAUCCUGGUGAGAAUAUGAUUUGCUCUGCAAGAUGACAGGCAGGCUUGCGUCCGGAGAGCAGGCGCUACUCUGGAUUCUUUGUCUGGUUCUGAUGACUGCAGCUGGAGGAGACAUCCCCUGCCCAGAAGGCGGUCGGAUCCACUUGUCCACCGUGCGAUGCUACUGGAUCUCUGAGACGACGACUUCGUGGUCCGAGGCCCAGCAUUCAUGCGGAGAGACUCCGGGAGGUGGUCUGGCAUCUGCCGACAGCUUGGAGCUGCAAAACUUCAUCCACUUCUCGUUCCCAGUGAAAACCACCGUGUGGGUUUGGCUGAAGCGACUGGGGGGAGAGGGGUCUGAGCAGGCUGGGGCUGUGAAGCCAGGGAGUCCUGCACGGUGGGCCGGAGCCAGUGAGGGGGGGUGCACUCAGAUGGCCUUGGGCACGCUGGGACAGUGGAGGAGAGCACAGUGUGCAGGACGAUCCCUCUACCUCUGUGAAAAAGACGUGACUGAGGCUUUGCCACCUAGAGACAGUUACCUGACUGGAUUGGUCCUCAUGACCGGCAUCUUCGCUCAAGUCAAGAUACAUCCUCUUCUCAGCGUCCCAGACGUUGGACAAAGAACAGUGGAGAUGCAGCUGUUCCCAGGUCUGUGGUUCAGCCAUGCAGGUCAGUUGGUCAAAGUCAAGCUGGUAGUCCAGCCCAGCCCACUGUCCUCUCUGGCACGUGUGCAAAUCCUCCGACCCUACUGCGACCCCAACCACCACCUGGUGCCUCCAGGUUGCGGCUCUCUCCUCAAUCCGUUCAGCUGCUGCUCACCAGUGCCAUUGUGUAACACCACAGGGGGCUGCAGCGUGGGCCAGUACUGGUGCCACCUGCUGGAGGCCUGUGUGCCCACCACCAGUCCCUGCAGCCCCUACGAUUCUGCUGCGGGUGGCCGCAGAUUUGCUCUACCGCCCAGAUACCCCGCAAUACCACCCUUCUACCACCUGGUGGCGGACCUGUCUCUGAGAAUAAACCCCAGCUCUGAACUGAAGACUAUGAGUGUGCUUCUUCCGGACACAGCGAUCACGGUGUACCCUGACGAUAUUGUAGCCAUACAACACACGCGUGACUCCGGAACUUUCCUACAUUGCCUCGACAGUGAAGUCUCUCAAAACUCUUCCUGGCGACAGAGUUACCUGUCCCUCAGGGGGGCAGAGUGGGGAGGUUGGUGGCAGGGAGGCCUUACUUCAUUGUCCCAAGGAGGCCAGUGGGUGGACGGGGUGGUGUGUGACAUGAGCUUCCUGUACAUAGAUACUCUCCGCAGAGGCACUGAGCUCAACAGUAUCUUUACCCACACAGAGGCAACCACAACUCCUGACAUCAGGCCUCUGACUACAGGUCCUCCUCCAGAUCUGGCAUCUAAAUUUAGGCUCAAUGUCAUCCAUCCCCUGCCGGACAAAAAGAACCAAAUUUAUGUGCAAAUCAACACCCCAACACUCAUUGUAGUAAAGGCCCUGUCGGGACAGAAUGCCAGGAGCUCAUGGUCAGCCCCAGUGCUCCAAACCGGGGUGCCCUUUCUUUCAUCUUGCCCCAAAGAGGUGGCGCCAUCUUGGCCCGGCUGCGAGAGACAGUCCCUUGAUGAGUGGUUCUCCUCUGUGACUCUCUUGCUGCCCUCGGUGGGGGUUCAGACAUUGGACAUAAGCCUGGUGGAUGCGGUAAGCCCUCGGAGUGUGCACAGUGUGGCUGUGAACGUUUGUGGCCACGAGGCAGUGACGGGGCUCAGUGUUGAGCCGCAUGGACGCCUCAGGAUGCUAGUAGACACACCACAGUCAUUUACAGCCAAAGUGGAGAGUGGCUCCUCAGUAAAUUUCACAUGGGUUAUUGACAACCUGGAGCAGUUCGCCUUCGAAGGGGAAUCUUACAGCGUAGCAUUCAAGAAGCCUGCCGAGUACAAGCUCAGGGUUACUGCAUCUAACCCUGUGAGCUCCCAGAGCCAGCAAAUCCUCUUAACUGCUGAUGAAAUGAUCCCACUGGCCGAGCCAGAGUUCCUGUUUGCAAGGGAUGUGGUAGCUGUGAAAACUACACACCUCUACACCAUCAGGGUCAAAGUGGACAUCUCCCUGCCGGUCACCUUCGGGUGGGAUUUUGGGGAUGGCAGUGGAAAGGUGAGCCACACCCAGUCUGCUCCAUGUCAGACCAUGGAUGAACUUGUGGAGAGUGGUGAGAAGCAAGUCUAUGUCCAGGACUCUGUGGACUAUAUCUAUUCUAUUCCAGGUGAUUUUACUCUUCAUGUCCAAGUCUCCAAUCAAUAUGACAUCAUUGGCGCAUCCAUGAAGAUUAACGCCCGCCCAGAGUUGAGUCACGUCCACAUUUCUUCUUCCCCCGUGGUGCCCCUUGUCAAUCACACACUUCUUCUAGAAGCCUCUGCAGAGCCCUCGACCUUUGCCAUCCUCUACGUAUGGGACUUUGGCGAUGGCUCCAAAGCUGUCCAAGGCGUCCACCAUAAAGUCCGUCACACUUUUGGAUCUGCAGGGCUUUACAAUGUCACAGUAUGUGCCAACAACACUCUUGGUUCACUGACCACCUGGCUCAUCUUGGAAGUUGUGGAGAAGAUCUCUGGAUUAACCAUUAGCUACAGCGAGCCCGGUGAAACAAGCUCUGCUACAGAUUUCCGAGCUAAAGUGGCCGCUGGUACAGGUCUCGUCUGGGAUUACGACUUUGGUGAUGGGUCCCUACAGGGAAACCUUAUAAAUGGUUCCAUCUCCCACACCUAUAAGUUUCCAGGGAAUUACACAGUCGUUGUAUCUGUCUCCAAUUCUGCCAGCAAAGCUCAUCAGUCUAUCAGGGUGGAGGUCUACACUGUGGCUGUUAGCGGAGUUCUCCCUACAGAAUGCAUCGUAAAUGGAACAGACGUACAGCUCACAGCUCUGGUCACUGGGAAAAUGUCCUUUCUGAUUUUCCAUUGGCAAUUUGGAGAUGGAUCACCUUUGACUGUAGUGACAGGACAGUCCACGGCCAUGCAUUUAUUUCCACGGCCAGGGAUUUUUCAUGUUAGCCUGAUUGUGUUCAGUUCUAUUACAUCUGUAUCAUUUAAUACAAGUAUUUGUGUUGAGGCGCCAAUAACCAACAUGGCAGUGCAGCCACCACAGGAUGUUGUGGCUGUAGGAGAAGAAGUAUGCUUCAGGGUGUUAGUUUCCCCUGAACAGGUGACUAGUUACCAAGUCAGGUGGUAUAACAACUCCUUUAGUCCCGCUGCCAAGAUUGAAAACUCUCAGAAGUGUUUUGUAUUUAAAGACGAAGGUGUUGAAGAGGUAUCAGUAAUUGCAAGUAACAAAGUCAGCAACAAAACAGCCAAUGUUAUCAUCACAAUUCAAAAACCGGUGAGCAGACUGUCUGUGGUUCAUGAUAGUGAAAGUGACACACUGAUGGUUAAUACGUUAGUAUCCUUCUGGGUUGCCAGUUGCAGUGGAAGCAAUGUGUCAGUACAGUGGGACUUUGGAGACGGUUCUCUGGUGGAGCAGAGCCAAAACGUGUCACAUGUCUUUAGGUCCACGGGUCAGUUCACGAUCACUGCCACAGCAUCGAACAUGGUGAGCAUAGACUCUGCAACCAUCAAAGUCAAUGUUUUACUUCCCGUUGGGGACCUAUCACUUCACAACAACGAGCCUUAUGCUGUCGUUGGAGAGGAAACUCUAAUCACCGCAGUAAGUAGUGCUAUCAGUAGCACCAACUAUUACUGGACUGUGGAUGGUAUAACUUCGACCAAGCAGGGAACCUAUCAAUUAAGAUUUGCUUUCCCCAAACCGGGAGUGUAUCAAGUGAAGGUUAUAGCCCAGAACUUGGUGAGUAGAAGAGAGGCAGCUAUCUUAAUCGAGGUCUUUGAAAGAAUAGAAGGUCUUCAAAUCGAACGCCUCAGUCUGUCAAACAUGAAAUAUGUACCAACACGAGAGGAGGUGCUAUUUAUUGCUUCGAUUACCAAAGGCUCCAAUGUCACUUAUCGCUGGCUUGCUGCACAGAAUGGAAUAAACAGAGAAAUCACUGGUGAUGGCAAACGUUUUCAUCUGUUGGCUGAAACCCCUGUUGGGAUCUUAGUCCAGGUAAGUGCCUCAAACAAGUUGGGUGAGGCCAUCAGCACUGUUUCUCUGGUAGCAGUAGAGCGUGUUACCGGUGCACAUGUCACAAUUCAUUCAAACAUUGUGACAUUCGGUGAAUUAGUCAAUAUUUCUGUAUCCGUGGUUACUGGGUCGGACCUAGAGUACCUUUGGUAUAUGAACUAUGAUCCAUCACCCCUGCGGACACAUGCGCCCUUUCUUCUCCAAAAUUUUACAAGUUUGGGCAAUCACCUUGUCACAGUGACUGUUCAGAAUGUACUCAGCCAAUGUAAUGCUACCAAACAGUUCAUUAUCCAGGAGGAGGUCCAAGAGGUGGACUUUGAAAUUGAAGGAAAGACACGUCCAUUUUAUCUCAACACAAAUGCUGCUCUUUUACUCUGUGGACUUAUUCGUAAGGGCAGUGAUUUGCACUGGGACUGGGAAAUCCAAGGUUCCAAAACCAACCUGUUUAAUGCCUCUACUCAGACCUUCAUCUACACCUUUACACACGCUGAUAUAUACUACGUGUCUUUGAAUGUCUCCAACGGGAUACAUUGGCAGAUGGUUUCAUACAAGGUCACUGUCCAGGAUGGAAUCAGAGAUCUGCAGUUGAAUAUAAGCAAAUUUUCCCUCUGCGGUGAAGAAGAAGUUACUUUUGUUCCAACAAUUUCCAAAGGAAGCAACGUGAGUUUUGUCAUAACACUUACAAACAAAGGCUGGAUUCAUAGUCAGGCCAUUCUCGAAGGGCAAUACAGCACCUCAAGCCUUCCAGCCGGGAAAUAUUUAGUAACCCUGAAAGCUUGGAACCUGGUCAGUAGCACAGAAGUGGCUUCCAGCAUACUGAUCACUGAGCGCAUUCAAGGUUUGCGACUUGUAAACUGUUGUUCUUCAGCUCUCGAGGCUCUGAAAGGAAUCCAUUUCAAGGCUGAAGUUCAAAGGGGGUUUACAGUUAAUUACACCUGGAUAUUUCACUUGGUGGGAACCAAGCCUGAAUUUCUCAUGGGCCAAGAAGUGAUCUUUACUCCACCGGAGAGCGGUUCACUGUCUCUUACUGUGGUAGCCAGCAAUGGAGUCUGCUCUCAGACACUAAAUGAGGCUGCUUCAGUGGAGUGGCCGGUUGAGAAGAUAAAGCUUGUUUGUCAUUCAGAGAGAAUAUUUGUUGGACACACUGUCCGGUUUUCUGCAACAGUGAGUGGAGGGAGCAAUGUCAGAUACCUCUGGGACUUUGGAGAUUCCACUGAAGCAUUGGUGACGGACUUGAGAGCAGUCAGUCAUACUUAUUAUAUUGCUGGAAAGUACAGUGUUGCGGCCACUGUUCUCAACAGUGUCAGCCGCGUGUCCAAAGAGCUUCACGUGGAAGUGGAGGAGAUCCAGUGUUCCACCCCUCAAGCUUCUCUAGUCCAGAGCCAGUCUACUAUUUCCAGGUCUAGACCAAGUUUCUUUGAAGCCAGCGUGGACACUAACUGCUCUACUUACAAGACGGUGUAUCUGUGGGAGAUAUUCACCAGGUCUGAUUGUCCCUUUAGGGACAUGCAUUUCUCUGGGAACAAUGUCAUUUUCAGAAGUCAAGUGAAUGCAGCUUCACCAUUUCUCUUACUCCCGAAGCAUACUCUUGAUGUGGGGCAGCAUUGCCUUGUAUUCACCGUUUCGCUACAGGGAACUCCUGUGUUCAACCAACGAAUGACCAACAUCACUGUGGUCAAUUCCCCAUUGGUAGCUGUCAUCAAGGGAGGCUCGUACAAACUGUGGUCCAGCCUCAGUGACCUCACCCUGGACGGAUCUGCGUCUCACGACCCAGAUGUGGUACCGGGAGUGGAGCACAUGCUGGAAUAUCACUGGACCUUCAUCAGAGCGAACUCUACCGAGUCUCCUUUUGUAAAACGGCCCAUUGGGAGCAAUAACAGUACAAUGACUGUACUCACCAAUCAGCUGCGCCCAGGCACAGUUUACAUUUUCACCCUCACAGUACACAAGGAAGGGAGAAACCCUGCAUCCGCGAACCAGACUGUAACUGUAUGCGAAGCCCCUGUGCUUCCUGUGACCGUGGAAUGUGUGUCCUGCUCUGCCUUCUCCUCCCACCACAUCAGCAACACCACUGCCAUCAUCCUUGCUGGACAAUGUGGACAAUGUGAUGGUGACCAGACUCAGUACAAAUGGAGUGCCGAAGUCCAGACGGGCAUGACUCUCGACCUCGAUGACGUCGCAACCUCCACGGGGAGAUAUUCUCCAAACUUGGUGGUGCGUUCAGGGGUCCUCCAGCCUGGACUGAGUUACACCUUCACUCUCAAUGUAUCCCAGCCUGGUGGAGGUCGGUUGGGCAGUGCCAGCCAAACCAUAGUACCCAACAAUCCGCCACACGGGGGCCUGUGUGAUCUGAGUCCAGGGUCUGACAUACGUCUGCUGGAGACAGUGGUCACAUAUAACUGCUCAGGUUGGCAAGAUGAAGACAGCGAGGCUUCUCAGCUGAUCUAUACCUUCCAGGUGGCACCAUGCCAGCCCAUUGGCACCAUGUGCCCCACACUCACUCUGUACAGGGGUACUCGUUCAUCAUUUGGCAGCCUCGUUCCAAUGGGACGCUCUGGGCGAGAAAAACACCUGUCAGUUAUCACAGUCACUUUAUCAGUAGAGGACUAUCUGGGCUCAAAGGUCAUUGCUCUGAACAGAACAUUGACAAUUGGAAACCCUGCAAGGGACGAAAAUGCCAGUCAGUGGCUCAGAAACAAGAGCCAGACGGAGCUGUGGGCUCUGGUCCAACACGGCAACCCUCAGGAGAUCAUUCCUUAUUCCAUUGCCCUUUCCAGCCAGCUCAAUCAGAUGGAGUCUGAACCGACUGUUAGGGAGCUCAUGGACAGGAGGGAGAUCCGGGGAAAUGUGGCUCAAGCCCUGGCCUCUCUGCCCGUGUCCUCCUUGCUGGAUGUUGAUCAGAUCAGCUCAGCGCUGGCACAGGCAACUGCAGUGCCCAGUGAGUUGGUUUGUGAAGGCUGCCGGGUGAGGGUUCUUGAUGCCGUGGGGAAGAUGAUCCGUGUGAUUGAGGAACAGAUGAGUCCCGGUGUUUUAUCAGCUCUUGAAACAGGAAGGAACAUCCUCGACGUCAUAGGCAGCACCUUGGCUGCUGUGUCUGAAUCAGCCAGUGCCAGUUCCAGCUCUCACCCAGCCUCCACUAUCGCCCUGUCAGCACUGGCCCACACAGGAGACCUGGUGCGCUCUCUGAUGCUCUCACGUGUUCACGGCGAGGAACCACUUUUGCUCUCCACCCAAUACGUCAGUACGGUUGGUUUUCAAGGAGACCCCUCAAACCUCCUCUGCACACACCAGACAAACCGGUUGAUCCAACAAGAGAUCAUGCCCUCUCAGUCAUCAUCGACGGACGGGUCAAAGAGUUCUCACCUGUGUCAGUUUCGCAUCCCCGCCUCCCUCACAGCUCACCUGAAGAGUCAGAGGUCUGAGGUGGUGCAGGUACUGUUCGGCAUGGAUGGAGCACUCCAGUCCAAUCCUAUGCUGAGUGCGGCUGCCCCUCCGAUUUCGACCUCUCUGGUUGCCAUGGAGCUCACCACGCCUCAGGGUCGGCCCAUUCCCAUCAGGGAUCUGGACACUGAACAGGCCAUACAGGUCGCCCUGCCCAACAAGUACCCUGUGGGACGACAAGGUGAGGGGGGAGAUGGGAGAGGAGGGGGAAACAGGACCGAGACAUGUCUCACAGUAACGCUCCCGACCAGAGGACAGUUGAACUUCACAGUGAAAGCAGUGGAUCGACUGGAUGAAAAUGCAGGUUUAUACCUCUCCUUCAACUUCAGUCUGCUUCCAGGAGCUACUUCUGUGGGCUUGGGACAUGUCAAGAUAGAAGUGAGCUCCACGGUGCCAGGAACUAAUGCAUCCCAGGAUUCCCUCGAGAAAGAGUGGGCCCUCGCUCUCUCUGCUCCGUCCACCUCCUCCGAGGAAACCAUCUUCCUGUCUCCACUGUUGCGCGGGACAGACAAGCCGCUCGCUGUCAACCUGACCUCGUCUCUGCUCGACGGGGGUCCGGUCAACGUGUCAGUGUGUGUGUUCAGCUCUCUGUGCAUGUACUACAGUGUGGAGGAGGGGCGGUGGAGCAGUGAGGGUCUCCAGCCUCUGGAGGGCAGCACACUCCGCGCAGCUCACUGCCUCACGCAGCAUCUCACCAUAUUUGGGGCCAGUUUGUUUGUCCAUCCCGGGGCCGUCGUUCUGCUGCCACCGUCAGGCGGUCCCAUGCGUAACGUGAUGGUGGGGAUUGUGUGUGCUGUCCUGGUUCUGACUCAUCUGCUGGUGGGGCUCAUCGCCCACAAACUGGACCACUUGGACAGCUUGAGACAGAGCCAGGUCCCUCUCUGUGGCCGUCCGGGGUUGUACCACUACAGAGUUCUGGUCAAAACCGGCUGGAGACGAGGAGCAGGCACCACUGCGCAUGUUGGCAUCAGUGUGUAUGGCGUGAACAAGAGCGGCUCUCGCCAUCUGCAGAGGGAUGGAGCUUUUCAGCGCGGGAGUCUGGACCAGUUUCAUCUGGAGACGGAUGACAACCUGGGGGAAGUUUGGAAAAUUCGCAUCUGGCACGACAACACAGGUCUGGACCCUUCCUGGUAUGUUCAGCAUGUGGUGGUGUGGGACCCUCAGACAGACCACCUUUUCUUCUUCGUGCUGGAGGACUGGCUCUCUGUGGAGAAUCAGAGGAAUGUGACUGUGGAGAAAGAAGUUCUGGCCUCAUGUCCAGAGGAGCUCACAGAGUUCCGACGGGUCCUCGCCUCCCAGCUGACCUUUGGGGUGACAGAACGCCACCUGUGGCUGUCGCUGUGGGAAUGUCCCGCUCACAGCCGUUUCACCAGGGGUCAAAGGGUUACCUGUAGUGCCCUCAUGCUGCACCUCUACCUGGCCCUGGGGGCUUUGUGGUAUGGGGCUGUUGGCUCCGAGGGGAACAGUGGACCAGUGUCAGCCCAGCUGCUGGCGAACGUGGAGACGGUUGCCAUGGGGAUGACUGUUGCGGUGCUGGUGUUUCCUCUUCAGUGUCUCCUCUCUUUCCUGUUCAGGAAAGCCCACAGUCGGGUAACUGUGGACAUGUCAGUUCCUCCUUCUCCUGUCUGUCACUCUGUGGAGAUGGACGAUUACCUCGGCCAAUCAGAGCUCUCCAGCCAUUCACUCCUGUCUCUGCCAGACUCCUGCAGCCCAGUCCGAGAAAGUCCUUCAUCUAUACGAGAGAGCAAGGUAUUCGACUCCAGUAUCCUGGACUUCUGGGCAGCCUCUGGCUUGGCGCCCCAGACUGACGGACAAUGUCAAGGCAAGGGUGUGGAGGCAUGGCCAUCCUGUGACAGCCUCCUCAAUCUGCCAGUAGAUUUGUGUCCCACCAAGAUGGCCAGCCCCCCCCGCCACCUCGACAAGGCUUCACCAACUCUGGGCCCAACUCGCCAGCUGAGGAGGAAAAAGGCCCUGAUGCAGCUGCGCCUGGCCUCCCCCUCCUCCCCCAACACUCCCACCAAGUAUCCCCUUUCAAAAAAACCUUCUAAUUACUCCCCUACCGCGCCAGCACAGGGGGUCCUCACCAUGAACGCAAACCUGGUCCAAACUCACAAUCUGACAACAUUUCUGACUUUGUCUGAGGAGGACCUGCUCAUGUCCAUCGCAGCAGCAGAGGACACAACACACACAACCAACAGCAACUCAGACAGCGGCCGAGAUUCACCAAGAACCACGUCCUCUUUCUCAGCCAUACAUAGCACCUCUUGCAGCAGCUGGUCAGAUCAGAGUGAGGAUAGGUCCCUGUGUGGGGCAGAGAUCCUCCUGCCAGACCUACAGUCCGGUUGCUCCCUGAAUGGGGCAGGACUCUACAAGUGUCCCUCUUCGCUGUCCGUUGACUCGGUGGCCAGCACCUUCCUGCCGAGCCCUUCUCCUGACUCCGCGCGUUCCUCCUCCACCACACGCAUAGGCGUCUCUCGCGGCCUGCCCGGAUGGCUGCUCCCUCCAUGGGCACUGUGUGUGAUCUACCCCGGGGUGGCUGUGCUGCUGGGAGCCUGUCUGGCCGUGGUUGGACUCUACGGCAGCUUCUUCCCCAGAACCGUAGUUCUCAUGUGGCUGGUAUCGGCCGUCUCCGCUUUCCUCACCUCCGCUCUGCUGCUGGAGCCUCUCAAGGUGUGUGUGCAGGCCCUGAUCUACACAGUACUGUGGAGGCCUGUGGAUCCAGAGGUGGAGGACCUGCUGGCCCAGGACACCACUGUGGUGAGGUCGUCCGGGGAGCAGGGUGCAAAGGUUCGACCACCGUGUGGCUACGGACUGCUGCAGGCCAAAGAUGAGGCGCGCAAAGUCCGAGCUCUGCGGUCGCUUAUGAGGCACUGUGUGGGCCAGCUGUUCUUUCUGCUACUGGUGCUGAUGGUGAACUACCAGGACAGUGUUGAAGAGAGGCAGGGGAGGCUGCUGCACUCUGCUGUCAGAAGCCAACUUCACGCAGCGCCCGCGGGGUUCCCUAACCUCACCUCACUCAGAGACUGGUCAGAUGCAGAGCAGUGGCUCGACCGCACCCUUGUGCCACAGCUACACCGAAACCCGUCGCUGCGGCUUGUGGGGUUGCCACAGCUGCAGCACGCGCGCACACUUGGCCACGCGGCAGGGGUCCUCCUGGGGAACAGCAGUGGGACGACACGUCGGCUCCUCGCCGACCUGCACAUGUCAGACUGGAGCAAGAGGCCGUUUAAAACUCUCUCUAUUGAUUUCACACACUACAACAGAGAGUCUGGUUUAUUUGUGUGCGUGUCCGUCAAACUGGAGUGGGCUCAGGCACAAAGAGUCACUCCCUUCCUCUCCAUCCAUCCACUCCUCGUCCCUUCCUCCUCCUCGGGACUGGACCUCCGGGUGGCACUCUCGGUUCUCCUUCUCUUCUCUGCUCUCCUCGUGUUGUCUGGGGAGCUGUGGUCCAUGGUUACUGAGCAUGCUCAGUAUCUGCAUGAUUGCGGACACUGGUUCCAGCUUUUCCUGGCCUCGUUGUCACUGGCGACGGCCGUCCUGCAGCUCUGCUUCCUGUCUCUCGUCUCUUUGUGCGUAUCCAAGCUUCAGUCCCAACCGGACAACUUCAUCAACUUCCACAGUGCUGCCCUUCUGGCACAGGGGUCGUCUCAGUGUGCAGCUGUACUGCUCACUCUGCUUGUUCUGAAGCUGCUGGGAACCUUGAGGUUUGUGCGCCGGUGGCUGGUGAUAGGCAGAGUUCUGCAGAGAGCCUGGGGGGAGCUGUGGGCUCUGGUUGUCCUGCUGCUGCUGCUGCUUGCACUCUGCACACAUCUCGGAAACAUGCUCUUCUCCCAUUCAGUGGAGGGUUUCCUGUCCGUGCACGAGGCUGGACUUUCAGUGCUGUCCAUCCUGCGCACCCGGAUAGCUCGCCAAAGAUUAUGCAAGGUCCACGCAGUCCUGGGACCUCUCUAUGGACUACUACUGGUGGGGGGAGGUUUCUGGCUCUUGGCCAGACUCUGUGGAGCUGUUCUCAUUCGUGCAUACAGGGCGGAGCAGGCUGAGCUGUACCAUCCAACCAUCGAACCCCAGGACUAUGAGAUGGUGGAGUUUUUCAUCAAGAGACUCAAGCUGUGGAUGGGACUCAGCAAGGCUAAAGAGUUCAGGCACAGAGUGAAGUUUGAAGGCAUGGGCAUCCCUCCCUCCAGAUCCUCCCAGGAAUCCCGUCUGUCCACCCUCUCAUCUACUGUUUCAUCCAAUCUCCCGUCCUACCGCUCCCCUUCCCUGUCCUCCUCAUUUUCAUCACCCCGUCCCCUGUCCUCGGUUCUGUCUGUGAGAUCAGAGGACUCGUCAGUGUCCGAGCCCGGGUUCCACGUCUUGCCCUACUUGGACCGCCUGGUCCCCAGUGUCAGUGCUCUGCUAUCUCAUUUUGAUCGAGUCAAUCGGAUAACCGAGGAUGUUCACAACCUGGAGAUGAUGCUGGAGGACGCUUUAACCAGGAGAAGGAAGAGGUGGUUCAGUAACAAUGAAAACGGCGCAGACAGAUUCGUCGAGUCAACGACAAACCCAAAGGAACCGGAAGAAGGAAUGAUAACAGGCAAACUUAGACACAGGAAGACAGGGAUCCUUUACCCAAAGCCACGAAUCUCCCUUCCGUCCUCCUUUUCUUUCAAUCCAUCCACGCUUCACUCCUCUGCCGCGUCUAUCUUUCCCCGCUCAAAAAGCUCCUACUCUGAAUCUGAGUCAGUCUUGCCUCAGAUGUCCAGCGACAACCACACUUCUGAAACAGCCAAGCCUGCUUCUGGAACCUGUGGUUUGUAUCCUGCAGGCUCUCCUGGGGUUGGACAGUUCCCCAGAAGAAGAGCUUGGCACUCUGGGAGUUCCCAUUCAGCCGAUGCAGUUCAAAGGGCUUUCCAGUUCUCAGCAGGAGCUCUUCCAUGUGGGAACGGGGGAGAACAUGUAGCAUACAAGAAUGUCAGACCCAGGAGCGAAGAGGGGCUAAGGAGGCACCCAAAUGGUGGAGUCCCUCUGAAAAGGAAAGCGUGGAUCUCUGAAGGACCUGAGACUGAGCAAGACUGAAUAUGUGUUUACACAGUAAAACCAAUUUAAGUUACUCACUUAAGGGAUAAAGCGGAAUAGAUAAGUGAUGGAUGGACUUCCUCAGAUCAGUUUAUUCCUCUUGGGGUAGGCCCCACAACUUCUAGAAAUGCAGUACUUAAUGACUGUGCUACUAGUUUUGAUUUAGAGGGGGAAAUAAGUUUCUCCAUAAAACAACCACUGAUGGACUUGAGAGUUCAUGCACCAUUUAUGACUUUUCAUCAUUUAUCACCUGUUUUGAGUUCUUUAAAAAAAAAAUGUGUAUACUAAGCAGUGUUAGGGACUCUCAAGUGUUACAGUGUACUGAACUCCUUCACGAGAAAGAAUGAAUGUGCAAGUCUGUGAUAAACAAAAAAUUGCUUAGGAAAACGACGGCUUUUCGCUCUUGUAUACUUUUUGCACAUAUUACUGUUACUUACCAUAUUGUGUACCUAAGAAUACUUUUAAAAUAGACACCAGAUACCAAUUUCUGCAGACAAAUAAAGACAAGUGACCGUAUGGUCCAAAAGUGG